ACGAUGGGUGUAAAUAAAUUCACAGAUUUAACUCCCGGGGAAUUCAAAAUCUCUUUGCUCUCAAGCCUUAACUCAAAUCAUUCACUAGAAGGUAUCGACUAUAUUUACAAUCCUUCUGCCAAGGAUAGCGUUCCGAAAAGCAUUGAUUGGCGUACUUCGGGCGCUGUAAACCCAAUUAAAGAUCAAAAUCCCUGUGGCGCCUGUUGGGCCUUCUCUGCUGUUGGUUCGCUGGAAAGCCAGUAUUUUAUAAACAAAGGGCGGAAAGUAUCCCUGUCCGAGCAAAAUUUGGUAGACUGCUCAAGAGGUUAUCCCUAUUACAACCGAGGCUGCUCAGGCGGCUCAACAAUUCAAGCAUUCCAAUAUAUUUGGUACUAUGGUAUAGAUACUGAGAGCUCUUAUCCGUAUGAAGCUAGAGACGACUAUUGCCGUUACAAUAGGAACUACAUUGGAGCACAAAUCUCGGGAAUUGCGCAAAUUGUAAGUGGAAAUGAAGACGCAUUGGCAUCCGCUGUCGCCAAUAAAGGACCCAUAUCAGUGUGUGUCCACGGCGAUUCCAACUUCCAAUAUUAUAGUGGUGGCGUCUUCAAUGAACCGUCGUGCUCUCAAUUUAUGAACCAUUGUGUGGUUGUCAUUGGCUAUGGCACAGAUCCAGUUGGAGAUUAUUGGCUGGUGAGGAACUCUUGGGGUGAGAAUUGGGGUGAAAAUGGAUACAUUCGAAUGGCUCGUAAUCGGAAUAAUCAAUGUUCUAUUGCCAGUUUAGCAACUUAUCCUUUAAUUUAAUGGA